AAGGCGAGCAUAAACGGGCUAUCUCAAUCUCGCUCAGUGCGCCAAGCGUGUGAGAAAACAGAGAAAAUCGAGUAGUGGGGAUUUGAUUUGACAUAAAUUGAACGUGAAACGUCAUUCAUUGAAUGUCCGGUGCUGUCUGGGUUAUUUGAAACGACCUACCUAACGACUUAUCAGUCGCAGCGGCAACAUGUCCACGUACGGCGGUAUCAACGAAGGCAUUCAUGAUUACGCAAAGAAGACAAAUGCCAUUAUAGUUGAUCUACGAAGCGACACGAUCACAAAACCAACCAAAGCAAUGAGACAAGCCAUGUUUGAAGCAGAAGUAGGUGACGAUGUCUAUGAAGAAGAUCCUACAGUGAAAAAAUUGCAAAACAAGGCCGCGGAAUUACUCGGGAAAGAAGAUGCGCUCUUUGUCAGUAGCGGUACGAUGGGAAAUCUGAUAGCUAUUAUGAAUCACUGUGACGUACGCGGUAGCGAGAUCUACUGCGGCGAUAAGUCGCAUGUAUUUCAACACGAGCAAGGAGGUGCCGCACAAAUAGCCGGUGCGAGUCUCUAUGUCCUGCCGAACCAUGAUGACGGCACGUUCGACCUGAAGAAAUUAAAGAGCGUGAUUCGCAGCGACAAAUUGCACGAACCGAUUUCGAAACUGGUGGUCGUAGAGAACACGAUUAAUGGGAUAAUAGUACCUCAAUUGUGGAUCGAGGAGUUGGCUGUGAUGGCGAGGAAGCACAAUCUUAGGAUGCAUUUGGAUGGGGCGCGAUUAUGGAACGCUUCCAUUGCUUCGAAGAUCUCGGCGAAGGAUCUAGCGGCUCCGUUCGACUCGGUUACCUUUUGUCUGAGCAAGGGAUUAGGCGCACCGAUCGGCUCCGUGCUUUGCGGAAGCAAGAGCUUCAUCGCCGACGCGAAAAGGAAGCGGAAGGUUUUGGGCGGCGGGAUGCGACAGAUCGGUAUAAUCGCUGCGGCUGGGCUCGUCGCCCUGGAAGAAACGGUGCCGCAAUUAGAAGAGGAUCAUCGGAGAGCACUGACGAUUGCAUUGGCAAUCAAUAAGAUGAAUUCCAAGAUAUUCACCGUAGACACGAAGGCCGUAAAAACCAACAUAAUAUUCAUAAACAUGAACUCCGAGCAUAUCUCCGCGGUACAGUUCAUGAAAAGGCUCCAACAAGUGGAACAAGCCGAUAAGGAUGACAGGAUUAUAAUCCUCUGCCUCGCUUUGACCGAAACAUUGGUCAGAAUCGUUCUUCAUUACGACAUUGACGACUCGUUGAUGAAUGCUGCUAUAUGCAAACUAAAAUAUGUCAUCGAGGAGUUGACUGCUGUUGUCGAAGCACAAACUUCUUCCGGUUUGGAGUCUGCUAAAAAUUAACUGAUAAAAAGGUAAUAACAGUAAUGUUUCGUGUUAAAUAUAUAAUAGUGGAAAGUAUGUGACAAAAAUAAAACUUUUCAACAUACUAAUCGUUCUUAUCAAGAAAUAAUAAAGUAUUGCAGAAUCAAGUAUCAUAUCCAAACUUUUUCAUUUAUUUCCCCCGCCAAUAAUUCUUAUGGGCCUUUUACAAUAAUUCGUGUAAAAGCGUCGGUUGAUUGAACGCGAUUACCGACUAGUAACGAAAG